CCCGCGCCCGCGACCCACCGAAGGCACCAGAACACCGGCGAAGCCACCACCCACACCCUAUAAAUCAUCCCGGUCGCCACCUGUUCGUCCAUCUGUCUGUCUGUUCCCAAAUCUCUUCUGUCAGCGCAACAAGCAAAAAGCAAGCACCGCGAUCACCACCGCAGCGAGGAACCACCAGCCCCAAUCCAUCUUCACCCUUGGAGAAGUAGCAGCAGCGGAAAGCCAUGGCGUCGGACGUGCAGAUGGGCGGCGGCGCGGGGGCGGAGGCGGAGACCUUCGCGUUCCAGGCGGAGAUCAACCAGCUGCUCUCGCUCAUCAUCAACACCUUCUACUCCAACAAGGAGAUCUUCCUCCGCGAGCUCAUCUCCAACUCAUCUGACGCGCUUGACAAGAUCCGGUUCGAGAGUCUGACCGACAAGAGCAAGCUCGACGCGCAGCCGGAGCUCUUCAUCCGCAUCGUCCCCGACAAGGCCACCAAGACGCUCUCCAUCAUCGACAGCGGCGUCGGCAUGACAAAGUCCGACCUUGUCAACAACCUGGGCACCAUCGCCCGCUCCGGCACCAAGGAGUUCAUGGAGGCGCUGCAGGCCGGGGCGGACGUGAGCAUGAUCGGCCAGUUCGGGGUCGGCUUCUACUCGGCCUACCUCGUCGCCGAGAAGGUCGUGGUCACCACCAAGCACAACGACGACGAGCAGUACGUGUGGGAGUCGCAGGCGGGCGGAUCCUUCACCGUCACCCUUGACACGGAGGGCGAGCGGCUCGGCCGCGGCACCAAGAUCACGCUCUUCCUCAAGGAUGACCAGCUCGAGUACCUGGAGGAGCGCCGCCUCAAGGACCUCGUCAAGAAGCACUCGGAGUUCAUCAGCUACCCCAUCUACCUCUGGACCGAGAAGACCACCGAGAAGGAGAUCAGCGACGACGAAGACGAAGAUGCCUCUGCCUCGGACAAGAAGGAGGGCGAGGUCGAGGAGGUCGACGACGACUCCGAGAAGAAGGACAACGAAAAGAAGAAGAAGAAGGUGAAGGAGGUGAGCCACGAGUGGGUGCAGAUCAAUAAGCAGAAGCCCAUCUGGCUGCGCAAGCCGGAGGAGAUCAGCAAGGACGAGUACGCGUCCUUCUACAAGAGCAUCACCAACGACUGGGAGGAGCACCUCGCCGUGAAGCACUUCUCGGUGGAGGGGCAGCUGGAGUUCAAGGCGGUGCUCUUCGUGCCCCGCCGCGCCCCCUUCGACCUCUUCGACACCCGCAAGAAGAUGAACAACAUCAAGCUCUACGUGCGCCGCGUCUUCAUCAUGGACAACUGCGAGGAGCUCAUCCCGGAGUGGCUGGGAUUCGUCAAGGGCGUCGUCGACUCGGACGACCUGCCCCUCAACAUCUCCCGGGAGACGCUGCAGCAGAACAAGAUCCUCAAGGUCAUCCGCAAGAACCUCGUCAAGAAGUGCAUCGAGCUCUUCUUCGAGAUCGCCGAGAGCAGCAAGGAGGACUACGCCAAGUUCUACGAGGCCUUCUCCAAGAACCUCAAGCUGGGCGUGCAUGAGGACUCGCAGAACCGCGCCAAGCUCGCCGACCUGCUCCGGUACCACUCGACGAAGAGCGGCGACGAGCUCACCAGCCUCAAGGACUACGUCACCCGGAUGAAGGAGGGGCAGAAGGACAUCUACUACAUCACCGGCGAGAGCCGCAAGGCCGUCGAGAACUCGCCCUUCCUCGAGCGCCUCAAGAAGCGCGGCUACGAGGUGCUCUUCAUGGUGGACGCCAUCGACGAGUACGCCGUCGGCCAGCUCAAGGAGUACGACGGCAAGAAGCUCGUCUCCGCCACCAAGGAGGGCCUCAAGCUCGACGAGGAGACAGAGGAAGAGAAGAAGCGCAAGGAGGAAAAGAAGGCCGCGUUCGAGGGCCUCUGCAAGACCAUCAAGGACAUCCUCGGCGACCGGGUGGAGAAGGUGGUCGUCUCCGACCGCAUCGUCGACUCGCCCUGCUGCCUCGUCACCGGCGAGUACGGGUGGACGGCCAACAUGGAGCGGAUCAUGAAGGCGCAGGCCCUCCGUGACAGCAGCAUGGGCGCCUACAUGUCCUCCAAGAAGACCAUGGAGAUCAACCCGGAGAACGGCAUCAUGGAGGAGCUCCGCAAGCGCGCCGACGCCGACAAGAACGACAAGUCCGUCAAGGACCUCGUCUUGCUGCUCUUCGAGACGGCCCUGCUCACCUCCGGCUUCAGCCUCGACGACCCCAACACCUUCGCCGCCAGGAUCCACCGCAUGCUCAAGCUCGGACUCAACAUCGAUGAUCAGGCCGAUGCCGAGGAGGAGGACGCCGACAUGCCCUCGUUGGAGGAGGAGGGCGCCGAGGAGAGCAAGAUGGAGGAGGUCGACUGAACCUGAACAUGAACCUGAAGAAGAUGAAACAAACAGAGUCUGUCUGUCUGUCGUGUGUCUGCCCAUGGUUAGAGUUGAGUUCUGGUGGUCGUUUGAUCGUUGCGUGUCCAGUUAGAAGUUGUUAUUAGAGUGCCAGUGUCGCCGUGUUUGAUUCUCGGGGUCAAAUGUAAGUGUUUCACUCAUUUGGUGUCGUUUGGCGAUGUACUGUGGAAUGUAAGAAGUGAAGGAAGUUUGUUCCCAUUUCUGGGCAGACUCUGAAGAACAAGAGAAAGGUUUGGGUCUGAAA